UGCACGACUGGAUGCUGUGCCGCAGUCGGUUAAAGGCAUCCGCGCGCUCCGCUCGUCUCGGCGUCCCCAUUUUCGCAGUCGAUAUCGCGUUGCGAAAAAAUAUUUCGUGUAUCCCGUGCGUGUUUUGCAUCCAGCUCAUGGCUUCUAAAGUGUACCUCGGAAUUAAAACUUAGUAAAGUGCCAAAAUGGAGUAAUGUACGAAUAAAAAUGUGAAAUGUACAGUGAAGGAAAAAGUUUUUGCUGUGUUACGGAUAUUUAGUUUUUAUUUUCAAUAUGCCAGUACUUCUAGUUUUUGGACUUUUUGUGGUGAUAGCCACGGCACACAACAUAACAUUCCUGGAGGUCCCUCGAUACGGCGACCCUCACCAAGAAGCGAACCUGAUCUGCCACUACAUGAACGACCAUGAUGACCCGGCCUUACACUCCGUCAAGUGGUACAGAGGCAACAAUGAGAUAUUCCGCUUCACGCCAGGCCAACAGCCACCGACGAGGACAUUCAACUCGACAGCCGGGGGCGUGUCCAAAGGCAGCUGCAACCUGAACAGCUGUGCCAUCAGCGUGGUGCUGCCAAGAAACUAUAACACGAAGCUUUCCUUCACCUGUGAGGUGUCCACUGAAGGGCCAAGGUUCGCAGUCGUUAAGCAGACGAAGAAUUUAACUGUGGCUGUGACGUUAAAAGAAGACCCAGUAAUCACGGGCAUCCCGGGUACAGUGCAGCUCGGUGAGGAUGUGCUGCUGAACUGCACCACGCAGCCGGCAAUGCCGCCCGCUAAUAUUGUGUGGUACAUCGAUGGACGACCUGAUAGAACGGAGCUAGGCCUCCUAAACAACACGCAAGUUUCCUCUGCCAAUGACUUCGGCCUCCGGUCGAGUUGGCGGUCCCUUCGGCUAAGGGUGGCCACAUCCAGGGGCUUCAUGGCCUUACGCUGUGAAGCCACUCAGCCCACGUGGCCUCCGUACACGAGGGCCACUAAUGCGACCCUGGUAGUUGCGAGGUCGCCACAUUUGUCUAUGUUUACAGCUGCUGGUUCAAGCUCAACCAUAUUGGAAGCAACAGUACUGAUAGUCGCGAUGUGCAUCUCAGUACAUAUAUUUUCUAAUUACAGUGCCUUGAGUGAAGUCUAAUCGAUGCUGUAGGUGUCAGCUUAAGUAUCGAGCGAUUAGUAUAGUUAGAUAUCAAUUGUAUCACUUGCCAUGUUUACACGGAAAACAGAAGAAGAGGUAAAAAUAAGGAACGAGAGCGAUUUGAAAUCGAGAAGGAUUUAUUGCUCAAGCUUUGACGAGUGUGCAACCAUUUCAAAAGACGAUCUCAUUAUUGUCUGAGCUAGUUCUCUCUAACGUUUUCCAACACCACUCUCCUAGAUUCCACUGUUCGCCUAGUACCACUUCACAAAUACGCUAAGCGACGUAAAAAGCACAAUUAUUUGCAAAACUGAAUGAGAUGAUCGUUAGUGUAAAAUUACCAUAAUAAUACACUAUCCAUCCAAGUACUGCAUCUACAUAGAUAAUGACAGCAGUUAGUGAUUUGUGGAAAACGGAAAACAGUAUUUUUCUUCUACCUUUGCUCGGAUUCUUCUCUUGUAAAUAUUAAAAAUGUUUCAAGUAAAAAUAAAAAGCAUCCCCAUCUGCAAGGAAAAAUAAGUAACCGUUAAAUUAUACGCUUUAUCAUUCACAUUCAACAUCAAAGAAUUUUACUCUCAAAGAAUAAAUAAAUUCUCGAAUUAUAAAUAUUUAUACCCAUACAUGUUCUGUACUAUGCAGAGCAUCAAAGAGUCUCCGUAUCAAUUGUAUCGUCGUAAAUACAUAACACGAACAAUCGUAGGAACAUUCAGUGAUCUUUUAUUUCCGUUCACCAUUCAAUAUUUAUGAAUUCCUGGUACAUACAAUCAAAUGUGAGUCUCUUUUCGCGUGUAAACAUUGUAUGCGUAGCUCUGUGUUCUUCGUUUGUGGAAAAUGCAACGCGAAAUGUUCUUGUUUGGAUAGUUAGGGAAUGUGUAUUGUUUCAUUAUUCUAUUUCACCAGGUAAAGUUUACUUACAUGAUUUGAAUUUCUAAUUCGUAUUCAUGUCCAAUGGGAGAACCGGAGAACAACGUAUAAGCGAUGAAUUAUUGGUGGUUAUUAUCUGUUCUGCAGCUCGCUAAAUCACCAAAAAUAACAUCUAUUUGGAUCCUGGCCAAGGUUCAAUAAUAAUUAGAUAACACGUGAAUACUAUUUGUAUCGAAAGUAAUUAAAAUUCGGUUAAUUGAAACAAAUAUAAAUUAAAAUGACACUAAUUUAUGAAUGCAAUUUUGACUUUAACUGCAGUUUCAACUAAAACACCAAUUUAAAAUCAACUACACAGUGCAUACGUAACCAGGGCAGCAGAACCGAUGUGGAGUAAAAACAACACAAUUUGAAAUUAUGUUAAUAUUUGAGUUUGCAUCGUCCGCAGUGUCUGUAACAGGCUUUGCAAUGGUGCUGGGGUAUUCGCGCCUCAAGCCUUUGUCAGGUCCCAUAAGCUUUUAUACAGCACUUUGACCGUGCCUCUACUGUUUUACUCGCAAUAACGCGCUGUUUUCUGUUAUCACAUUUAUUUUUGAUGUGAUGUGAGUUUUCAUGGCGGGUAGGUAUGGAAGUUUCCAAGUAAAAGUGGCGAUUCCAGUUGGAAGUUUGUUUUUGUUUGUUACCCAACAAAGUAUGGCGCUGUAUUUUAGAUAGGAGUAAAUGUGAAAAUAAUGCUCAGUAAAUUAUAGAUAGGGUCGAAGUUUUAUUAAUGUUUUAUGUAAGUAUUUAUCAACGAUAGAACACAGCUACGUGAAAAGUGAUAAUUGUAAUAAAUAAUGUCGUAAAAAAAACAAAAUAUUAUUAUAAAAAUCAAUUAUUCUAUAAAUAGCAAGCACUGAAUUUCGAUGUUUUAUGUCACGAGAAAAAAUAAAAAUUUGUAAUAUUUACAUAUGUUGGAGGGGCUGAUGCGAAUACGAUUAAGUUAAUGUAAUGUACAGAGUAAGGCCGGGCCGCGUCGUGUUGACAGUUAAGCGUUAAACUUUAGUUUAACUUAGCCGUUAAGUUGCGGUAUAGUUUUAAAGUUAACCCACUUCAUAGUUGAUGUACUGUGAAAGUUUUCAAGUUAUGCCACAUACAGAUAUGCGCAAAAAAAGUUCGGUUUGACGUAACGACAGCAAAUAAAAUUAGAAAAAAAUAGUGUCCUGUCUUAGGUUAUUCUCUUUAUUGUAUAUUGCUGUAAUUUGGCUGUCGUAUAUACUAUUAAGUAAAUGGGAUGAAACGAAAAAUGUCUACGAUAUAUUUUCUUGUAUUCGGCACUGUAGGAGAAAGAGUGGAAAGGAAUUUAGAUAAAACUAGACACCAAAUAAUGGUUUAGUAUCUUUGUCAAAAUAUGUGAGGAAAGUUUGUAAAAAUGGUUUUAAUCUUCUAAAUAUAUAAAACUCAAAGGUGACUGACUGACUGACUGACUGACUGACAUAGUGAUCUAUCAACGCUCAGCUGAAACCACUGGACGGAUCGGGCUGAAAUUUGGCAUGCAGGUAGAUGUUAUGACGUAGGCAUCCGCUAAGAAAGGAUUUUGAUCAAUUCUACCCCCAAGGGGAUAAAAUAGGGGAUGAAAGUUUGUAUGAAACUUUGUCAAUUUUAAACCGAUCGGACUGAGACUUUGCAUGCAUAAAGCUACUAUGGCGUAGGCAACCCUUAAGAAAGGAUUUUGAUAAAUUCCAUCCCUAAGGGGAUAAAAUAGGGGAUGAAAGUUUGUAUACAUCUUCUUAGAUUUUAUGAAGAAGUCCUGAUGACGAAUCAGAAUUUUAUGAUGACGUUCGCUUAAAUACGAUUUUGAUUAAUUCAACCCCCAUUCAACCCCCACGGGUGAUAAAAUAAUGGAACGAACAAAAUAAUGUUUAGUUCUAAAUGUUGAGAAGUUCUGCAUAAUAAUACUUCUUAACGCGAGCGAAGCCGCGGGCAAAAGCUAGUUUCUGUAUAAUUUUCAUUUUAUAAGUUUUACAUGGCUUUUAUAGUUGUGAAUUUGAUGCUUCUUUACUCUUCGAAGUUCCUUCGUCAAGGUGAAUUUAAAAUUCCAUUUUUGCUUAAAUCCGCCAUCUUGGUUAACUGUCAACGCGACGACGUCAAAUUGUUGUUAGAAUACAUGUUAAAGAAAUUUUUUGUACGUUGUUUAGUUUUAUGCAACGAAUUUAUUAUUUUUUUGUAUUUUCAUAUUGCUUUUGUUGGAUUAUUGUGUCAUUUAUUUA